AUGUCCGCCGUCCUCGCCGCCGAUCGCGGGCGAGCGAUGAUGAAGAUCUACCACGGCUCAUCCAUCGCGCUCGCCGCGUUGACGCCCACGGCGAUGGCGAUCGAGGGUGGGAGCGCGCCGAUCGACCUCGCGCUCGGCGUGGCGCUGCCGGUGCACUCGCACAUCGCGUUGAACUUUAUAAUCUCCGAUUACGUCCCGAAGAGUGCGAGAGGAGCGACGCGCGCGGCGACGUUGGCGCUCACGGCGGCGACGGCGAUCGGGUUGUUCAGACUGAACGCGCAGGGCGAGGGGAUCACGCGGACGGCCAAGUCGCUGUGGCGCGCGUAA